AUGGACUUGCAGGAGCGGCUACUGCCUUGCCACGCUGUGUGCUCAUCGUACGCGCUCGUGACACUUUGCACGAUGCUAACCUUUGUGUUUGUUCCCUUAGUAGUUGUGGUGCUUGUGGAGACUGGGGAUGCCUGUUUGUUACUUUUCCUUGGACAAUUGCUGCUGGCCGUGGGUGCCGUUGAAUGGAGCUGGUUGGCCUUUCGCAUUCGCCAACGACUGCUACUAGCUAUUGACCUACAAGAUGUUGGUACAUUAACAUUACAAGAUACAGAAGAACAGGAGCAUCAGAUUCAGAGACAACAAUCGCAGAUAGGGGAAGGACGACUGCGUACGCUGGAAGACCAGUCGCUGAGGAGAGAAGACCCCAGUGAAUACUACGCUCGCUUACUUAAAGAGUCUAUGCGUGCGAAAAGCUUUGCCAUUGCUCCUCUGGCGGUUAGGAUUUGUCGUGGUCACUGGUACAUUGCUGCUUUUGUACUAGCCUCGCUGGGUGCCGUCGUAAGCGUCCUCUUGGCCUAUGCAUUGGAGAGAAAAGUCGUCGAUGACAGCAAUUCCGCAUGGCACGUAAUGGGUGGUGCUUCGGUGGAGGCUGCAUUUGUGUCCAUAUUUUUCAGCUCGCUAGCUCCUUCUGGGGCAGAUGCAGUUGUGCUUGUCGUUUAUCAGACCUGCGUUCUCGUGGCCAGUAUGGACGCGUAUUUGAAGCUGCAGGCAAAUAUCAUCGACCGUGACGCUCAGAUCGAUCCGUUGUUUAUCAUUUUGGUCGGCGGUAUUGUCAUUAUCGUGUUUCGUGUCGUGACAAGCAAGGAUGUUAUGCAGAGCUUGCUGCUCGUUUUGUGUGACGUACUCGGUCUUGUAUGUAUCGUGUCACCACUCAUCGCCUUUGCAGGUCUAAUUGACCAGACAAUGAGCCAGUCGUUCCGGAAUCAGCUAGCGCUGUUUGUGCUUGCGGUAUUGGCUGCAGACGUGGGUGAUAGCCUUGCCAAAGAAUUGCAGUUACACUGGCCUCAGGCUUUCCAGUGGCACCGUCCCCCGCUUUUCACGUCUGAAGCUAUGACUAAGGACAUUGAAGCUUUGGUAAUUUCGCUGAUCUGUGGUGCAAUUAUGAUUGCUAUAGUUUGUUUGGGCUCUAAAGGCUCAGAUUUCAGUGUUGUGGAAGUGGUUGUGCUGUUUGGUGCCAUUGCAAUUGGACAGUGGUGCCGUCAGUGGAUGGCUCACGUUCGUCAAAUGGCCAAGGUUUCAACUUCGGCAUUUUAUUUUCGCGAGGGUAGCCGAUCAUGCGGCGUGCUUGACCGAAUGGCUCUUUUUCUUAUUGCUAUUGUUGUCUAUUACCCGUACAUCAAGCAAAAGUACUUAUAG